AUGCCCCUGCCAGCGCUGCUCUCCUCCAGCGAUAGAUCGUCUUCCAUCGGCUUGUCUUCCAGCAAGGCGCGCUCUGUCCCGGCCGUCGACGGCGACAUCCCACCCGAGUACAUCCACGACGAAGCCCAGCUACCAUGCAUCCCACCCGAACGACCAGAUCUGCGCGAGCUCAACUGCAGCCUCGAGGCCCUGGCGGCGGUAUUCCCUGAUAUCCAGAUCGAGGUCUUCCGAGAGCUGCUGGGCAACUUUGACGGCGAAUCGAGGCUUGCCCUGGUGGCCGAUGCUCUGCUGAAGAAUCGUGCAGUAUGGGUCAAAGGCCGGUGGAAGGCGGAGGCAGAUGUGGAUGGCCCUGGCAAUCGGCUGGUGCCGAGAGCAGAAAUAUUCCGAAGCAACGAAUAUAAAAAGGCGGUCCAAGCGCUUGCGUGGCAGGAGUUUAAAGGCUUGUCCAAGUCGACCAUCAACGCGGUGCUUGCCGAGUGCAACUACUCAUACCUGGACGCUCGGAGGACUCUUGUGACGCUGUCAUCUAAAUCAUGGCGCUUCACCAUUUCGUCAAUCUUCAUGAGACGGAAGCCUGUCGCAACGGGCGAGGCAGACAACCAUCCUCUGGUCCGCUGGCGCACAACUGGUCAUGGCUCCAGCAUACCUACAGUACGGUCCACGGGCAAUGCCGAGCUUGAUCGAGAGCUGUAUGAUGCGCUGAUACGCCCGCUAAAGGAAAAAGAAAGAGAAGAACGGGAGAUCAAGGACCGCGCGGCCGCUAUACUGCUGAACAACGAGGAAGCCGAAAAGGCGGGCGCCAUUCACGAGUGCACGUGCUGCUUCACUACAGGCGCCUUUGAAGAGUUUACGCACUGCAACAAGGACGCACACAUGAUUUGCUUCCGCUGCGUCCAGCAUUCCAUCAAGGAGGCGGUUUUUGGCCAGGGCUGGCAGAGCAGCAUCAUCCCCGAGACAGGAACACUGAGGUGCAUGGCCGUCGACCGCGUCCAGUGCCCCGGCUACGUCUCAUCUGAACACAUGUGCAGGGCCAUGUUAGAAGAGAAGAAGGGCGCCGAGAUUUUGCAUCAACUAGACCAGCGGCUUGCAGAGCACGCUUUGCUUGCCGCCAAACUACCGCUGGUACACUGUCCAUUUUGCAAUUAUGCAGAGAUUGACGAUAUAUACAUGCCGCAUCGAACGACCAAGACACGGAUUCGGAUUUCCGGUGUUCUUCACUUGAUGUUUCUUUUCUUCUGCUUCAUCUGUGUUGUCCUUGUCCUUCCCAUAGCCGUGAUAUCGGUUGCCACCGCUUUGGCAUUCACCUCUUGGCGGUCUUUUUGGACACAGAUAUCAACGGAGUGGAAGCACGCCAUCGCCAGACAUUCCCGCCGACGACGUGGGCUCCAGUUUUCGUGCCAGAAUCCCGAGUGUGGCCGAGUAUCCUGUCUCUCGUGCAACAAGGUCUGGACAGAUAUUCAUGUCUGCAAUGAGUCGUCUCUGGUUGCACUGCGAACGCAGGUUGAACAGGCCAUGAGCAUGGCCAUCAAACGGGUCUGCCCUCGAUGCAACACAUCGUUUGUCAAGAAUGCGGGCUGCAACAAGCUCACUUGCCCCUGCGGGUACAAGAUGUGCUACGUUUGCCGUGCCGACCUCACCGAAGAAGGAUAUCGGCACUUCUGCGACCACUUCCGGCCAGACGGCGAUCCUCGGCCAUGCCUUGAAUGUGACCGGUGCAAUUUGUGGGAGUCGGAAAACGUCGACCAAGUGCUGCAAGAAGCCCGCGAAGAAGCGGAGCGGAAGUGGAAAGACACGGAGAAGAGGGAUCUGUCCGGGCCUGAGAAGGCGUUUCUAGAGACGGGCAUCGCAGCACGGGCGACGGGCAUGAACAGCCUGGAGCAGAUCUUGGUGUCGGGACGAAUGCCGUCACUGGGGGAAGUUUUGGACGUUGUGGUUGAGACGAUCCUCGUGUGA